UUCCGGUCGAUUCCGUCAUGGCUGCCGUCGCGUUGCGCACGGAGGAGCUGGGAAGGUGAAGUUGGGAAAGGUGACAGUGAACAGCCGAAGAAGCUGCCGAAUUGCCGCAGAGAAAAAGGUUUAAAUAUGCGUGAUCGACCGGUCAGCUGAAGGAGUGGACACGGACACUCAACGGCCUCAUCGUUUAUACUGGAACAUCACUGUUGAGGCGCUUGCAAAUGGGGAUGGGCCCAGUGUUCCGGCACUGCCCCUGUCUGCGGCCUGCCCGGGAGGAAGUCCGGGUCCUGGACUAUGCCCACCAUGGCCUAGAAGAAGUGCCCUCGCAGGUCUUCAGCUAUGAGCGCACUCUCGAGGAGCUAUAUCUUAAUGCCAACCAGAUCAAAGAACUACCCAGGCCGCUAUUUCACUGCCAUGGACUAAGAAAAUUGAAUCUAAGUGAUAACGACAUUCAAACUCUACCUCCAGCUAUAUCUUCGCUUGUCAGCCUAGAAGAACUAGACAUUAGUAAAAACAAUGUGAUAGAAAUUCCCGACAACAUCAAAGGCUGCAAAUGCCUGGCCAUAGUAGAAGCAAGUGUGAACCCAGUGGGAAAACUUCCUGAAGGCUUUACGCAGCUCAUAAAUAUAGAACAACUUUACCUUAAUGACACGUUCCUGGAAUAUCUUCCUGCAAAUUUUGGGAGACUGUCAAAGUUAAAAAUCUUGGAGCUGAGGGAAAACCAUCUGAAGGUUCUUCCCAAAUCCAUGGCUCGAUUAACGGAGCUGUCCCGCCUCGACAUUGGCCAGAACGACUUAACAGAGUUGCCUGAAGUCAUUGGUAGCCUCCCCAGCCUGACUGAGCUCUGGUGUGACAGUAACAGGCUGACGUCUUUACCUUCGAACAUGGGGAAUCUAGUUAAGCUCACCUACCUGGAUGCCAGUCGGAAUCGCAUCUCUUUUAUUGCUGAUGAAAUUGAGAACAUGACAAUGCUCUCUGAUCUCACACUCACCACAAAUAAGCUGCAAAAGAUUCCAGAGACACUCGGCUUUUUGCAGAAUCUCACAACAUUGCGCCUUGAUGACAAUCACUUAGCAACAUUGCCUGAUAGCAUUGGACAGUUGUCCAAACUUGAAGAGCUCAUCAUUAACAGCAACGAGAUAGACUCACUGCCUUCAACGAUUGGGCUUCUUCGAAACCUGUCAAUACUCAUGGCUGAUGACAACCUUCUGGAGGACCUUCCACCAGAAAUUGGCAGCUGCUCGAAGCUCCGUGUCCUGUCACUGCGAGACAACCGGCUGUGUAAUGUGCCGGACGAGCUGGGCCAUCUGUCUAGCCUGCGGGUUGUGAACCUGAGCGGGAACCAGCUGAGAUACCUGCCAGUCAGCCUUGCCAAGCUUGGAGGGCUUCAUGCACUCUGGCUAUCCCAGAACCAGACAAAGCCUUUGGUGCUGCUGCAGUCAGACAUCGACCGUGAAACGGGACAGCGUGUACUGACCUGCUUUCUUCUACCACAAGAAUCAUCAGCUGCCCACCCAGAUAAGCCUAAUGCCGUUGUGAAGGAAAGUGAUGCUGUGCCCAGUGAACGAAGAGGCACCAUCACAUUUGCCUUUGACACUGAUGUGGAUCGACCGGGUCGUCUCGUACGUUCACCGACUCCUUACCCCAAAGAACUGAAGGCACGCGCGCGGCAUGUGAGAAAUCUUCGUAGGCAGAUGAAUGGUGAUGUGGUUGGUGCUGGACAUGUUGUUGUGUCACAGCCGACAUCUCGCUUGGAGGGUUUUGGCAGGGGAGAAGUGCCAGGCCCUGAAAAGUCGCCACCGGAAGUGGUGGUUCGUGAGGCUAAAAUUGUACAGCCCACGUCACCAUCAGGGAACCCUGAUUUGGCUCAGGUGCAUGCCGACAGGCCUCACGAGCCUUGCAUAUUAAGGCACCAGCAGGACAUUAACAUCGUGCCCGCUGAAAGCUUUGCCUGUCACCAACCCACUCAAAGCUCGUUUGCAACAAACAACAACAUCUCAAUGUGCACUGACCUAGAAACCGUCAGGGCCGUAGCGAGCCCGUCACCCAGCCCGGUACCCCACAUUAGCACCCACAACCCUGCCACGCCUUCCGAGCUUUACGUGAAUCAGCAAAACCCAGCCGGGCUGCAUGUAGCCAAUGCAGAGCACUUCUACCUCCAUCAUCAACAUCACCCAGCUUCACCGCAUCUUUCCUCAGCAGCAGCAGCUCAAGUGUCACAGGGAUCAGCACCACCUGUUGCGGCUGUGCAUAGCUUGUCAGCACCGCAGUACAGCAACACACUACAUCCACAUCAUGCAAACAUGCCACCACCACCACCUCGCAGCCCUGUGGCUUCGUGGGAUCAUGUACGGCACCAACAGCAGCAACAGUACAGUGGGGACAUGGCAGAGUUGCCACCAGGUCACGCAAUAGCAUCAUCACCCCACUGCAUUCCACGGCGCCCGUUUGACAAGUACCCCCCUUCAUCGAGAGCCAGCCUUGCAGAGAAGUUCCAGCACCGGCUCGUCUCGGAAGACUCACAAGAACAGUUGGGCUACAAGAGUGAUCAGGAAACCUACGUCCAGCCAACGCGGCCUCUUUCAGCUGCUUAUCACGAUGGCUACUCCAGCGAUUGGGACACAAUGACUUUGCCCAGAGGCCACUCCAUAUCCCACCCCCCUGACAGUAGUGUUCAGUACUUUCGUGGGGCACCCUGCUCUCCAGUAAGAACACUUCCACGUCGAGGUUCGAGUCCUGUCUCACCCAGGGUCAUGUCGAGGUCACCACGCAAGGUUGUGGGGUCACCAGUUCAGACCUACACAGUUCAAGCACCGCACCCUUUGAAGCCUGCUGCCGGGAUGGCUGAUGGACCCGCCUUGUACCUCUUGCCUGAGUACUAUGGGGAUGUCAGGACUUCAAAGGAAGGCUACAGCUUGCCAGUGCGUCGCAGUCCGCAACCUGGAUGGGGACCAGCAGCCGAGAAGUUAGCACCACACGCAGAAAGCGAAGACCUUCCACCAUCCCAGUCGAGCUCUUCACUUUCUUCAUCUCUGUGUCUGCCGAGCGAGGACCCGUCUAGCCUGACCUCAGAGGGGGUCACUCCAGAAGGUGGCCCUGCCCCUGGUGCUUCCUGCUUCAGGGUAGCCCCGGAGCAGUGCGAGCAGCCAGCGCCGCCUUUGCCCCCGCGGCCCCGAGCACAUUCGGGUGAGGGUAGUGCGACAGCCCCAACUCCACCACCAAAACCAGAGUUCCUGCUCCAGCGAAGUGUCUCCAAUCGCUCAACGGAUUCACAGGAGCAUCAGAAUGAGAUCGUCCUAGACAAAGGGUCAGAUGCAGAUUUCGUCCUGGAAAACAGGCCAACAUCACCGGGUGUAUUUGUAAAGGAAGUCAACCCGCAAGGAUCAGCAGCAGGAAAAUUGCAGGUUGGGGACAAAAUACUGAAGGUGGAUGACCUAGAUGUGUCAAAUGCUGAAGUUAAUUAUGCCCUGGGAGCCCUUGUCAGUGCUGGUUCCAAAGUCAGGCUUACCCUGCUGCGACAACAAUGACAGUCGAAUCAUUUAUGUACUUAACAAAGUGAUCCCUGAAGCAUCUGUCCUAACACAAACAUGGAAUGCCCAUGCAGUGGUCAUCACUUUGACUCUUCAUCAGAACAUUCUGGAAUCACUACAGAACAGUGGCAACAUUUGUGCAUGAAAACCUGCUGGCACAAGCUCAACAAUGAACAAAUGCAACAUUUCCCCCCCCCCCUUUUUUUUCCCUCACCAUCUCACAUGGAUUCUAAUUCCAUUUGAAACAUUCAAGCACAUUUGCAAAAGCUGCUGGCAUCUGCUGCAUAUUGCAUGGACAGCAGUGUACUGUUGUGAGGUGGUGCACAGCGUGACAUGCCAUGUGUCGUCAUGGUGGAGGUGCUUUUUUUGACGUUUGUCCACGACGUACCUGACCGGCGUUCGUACAGUUUGAAGAAUGCAUUUUGUGCAAGACUGCUGCAUUCCGGGACUGGGUUAUUGAGCACUAUUUACUUAAAGGAGCCAUGAAACAAGCUCACAAGAGGGAGACAAAGAUUGCAGUGUUGUUCCACGAAUGUCCGAGAGCUUGGUUGUGCUGACGCGGCAUAUCUCUGGACAUGGCCUGUUCUUGGGGAGGAGCAUUGUAUGCAGCAUUGUCUGCAAGGUUGCUGAAUCACAAGCAUGCUUCGCUACCCCCCCCCCCCCCCUCUUUUUUCUUUUUUUUUUGUCUUAGAGUGAUGUUUCAGGUUUUCUUUAAAUUGGUGUUGCCUCAAGUUAGCAUGUGUGUUGCACACUGCUUGUAAAAGUCUAGGUAGAUAUUCUUCUCUGGGGCAGUUAUCUUUUCCUUAACUUGUUACAGAAGAACACCACCACCUAAGCUGAAUGCCGCAGGAUGGUUACCGGGGAUUUCUGUUUUAAAGCCGUGCCUACCUCUCUGCAUCUGAUCACACAGUGGGAUAGAGCAGGGUGAUCAGUUCUGCUUAUUAUGAGCAAAUCUGGGCCGGUUGUUUUAGCCAAGUCUGUGUGAAAUUCUACACUUACUUUUGUUGCAUUCUUUUAGGCUUGUCUGCAUUCAAGCUCUCGUAAACCCGAAAUUGGUCUAUUUAAUGUAUAUUUUUGCGCUUGGCUAGGAGCCUUUCACAAAGUCAGAUCUACAGCUCUCACCAGGAAAGAGCGGCCCAAAACUAUAUUGUAAGAUGGAGUUGUGAUCAGUGACGAUAGAUAGUUUCUCGUCAUUUUUACCUUACAGUUUGUAACAAAGUAAUCUUUCUCCGAAAGCAUGUAAUGAAACAUGGUUUAAAAAUGUUAUAUUUCUAAUUGAAACGAGAUGCGGUUUACAUAGACUCCCUCAAUGAAAUGUUCCACAUGUUUUGGCUGCUUUUUAACAAGCCAUGCCACUUAAUGGGGCUUGUUUUGAAGGGGCUAUCCGCUUGUUAGCCCAAAUUUGUCUGGUCACCCUGGUGUAUACCACCAAAAGAUCCACGCAAUUUGUGCUUACAUGUUGAUGCAAUGCAUGUUCAUUACUAGAGCAAUGCAGUAAGUGGUGUGCUCUCCUGUUUUCAUUGUUACCGAAACUCAUAUUCUGAUGCAAUACAUCACUUGUGCAGUAAGCUGUAUUGUAUGCUCACAGGAAACUUGAAUGCUCUGUCUGUAGCCAUUGUGCAAUCUCGCUUGAUUGAAUUAUUUGUCUAGAUAGCUUCGGAUAUCAAGUGGGAGCCAUCUCUUGCAAGUCUCCCGGUCACAUACCCAAGUUUCUUGCUGAUUUGGGAAGUUUUUUGCCAUUAACUUGCUUGUAUUCUUUGAUGGCACUAGCAACAUUUGUUUGCACUUUUCUGUCAUCAUGCAACCUGUACAUAAGACGGUAUCGCAUAUUUACAUUGUGUAAUAAUUUGAGCUGUGUUGCUACUUCAUUUUGCACUACUUUGCGUUUUUGUUCAAGUUUCCAAAGCCACGUGAGCCAUUUAUCUUUAUUUGCACUAGGAACUCAACAGUCUUCAUUUACCAGCGUCCUUGGAAUGCUUUAUUUUGUUUGUUUGCUUGUUUAUGCCAAAUUGAGAAACGGCUUCUUUUCCUUUUGAACAUGUAUUAUUUAUAUAUUAUUUAUUUCAACCUUUAAAAUACUCAUGGCCACAGUAAACAACACAAGGAGUGAGCACUUAUCACGGCAGUCCAACAAGAGCAAGCUGUAAUUAAACCUGGGGCAUGUAACAUGCUCAAGUGUGCACAAGAUAAUCUAAAAAAUAGAAUUCUUUCUCUGCUUUUGUCUUGUUUCUCCCAUUUUGCUGUUAACAAUGUUUUAGUGGACAGCUUAAGCUUCUGCUCAGCAUUUUUUGAGUGGGAGGGAGUGGUCACUUGUCGUGGGGGAGGGUCGUUAUUGGGCUGACUGUACUCAAGAAAAUUGAAAACGACGGUGGUUUAUACUGUGGUGAAGUUAUAAUAAUGUUUCACAAAUGCAGCAAAAUAUAUGCAUUAGCACAGCUUCUGCAUAUAUAGAACAAUUUGCUGGCAUGUUUAGCGUCUGUUAAAGCUGUAGGCCAAACGAGACCUACUCAUUGCCGGAGCUGCACUCAUAUGUUUGCUGUAUGUGUGUAUUGUUAGAAACUGUUGUAUUAUAGGAACAUUUCACAAAGCUUUCUGCUCGUCAAAAUGUGUUGUUCCGCGUUGCAGUGGUAUAGUGUUUCUGUUACACUUACAUCUGAUGCAGACAAAGCAUUAGCCGUCGUUGAACCCUUCUUCAGGACAUUGCAAUGUUCUAGUUGCUGCGCAUUACUAUGACCUCAAAGCUCAACUUCAACGAGAGACUCAUACUUUAGCUCAGUGUAUGUGGUUGGCACCCUGACGUGCCAACGUCAGUGAACAUAUCAUACGGAAGGCCUGUCAUGCAAGUGUUUGUGAUAUAAAAUACCACUGGAGACGUCUCCGCCUUGAAUUUGCUCAGUCGUUCAUGGGUGAAUGAAAGUCUGGGUGAGAGAGGAACUUGAGGGGAAAUGCUUGUGUGACAUUGCCUUACUCGCCGGACAGGACUUAGAGGGGUGCACAGACACACCUUGAUUUCUGGUGUGCAACUAAAUUGUCGUGUUGCUUGAAGAGCUUAGUUUAAAAGCACAGUAUCAAAGAGCUUAGAGAGCAUAUAUUAGACAUGCAUUUAUUGAAAGUGUUAUUUGAUAAGGAAUUUAACACCAGAGCUGCUUGCUCAUGUUUUCGUUUCACCUUUUCUAGUUGCAAGGCAAGUAAGCAGAACUCCGCAUAUUCGUACGAACUAGCAGAGGUUGUGGCAUCACUUGCCUGUUUACAACAGUGCUGCCUUAAGCUUUACUUAAGGUUAACUGAGUGCUGGCAGCUUUCCAAAGAAUUAAGAUCUUUGGAGCCAAGACUGCGUGUUAUGCGAACAAAAUGUUUGUACAGAUUCCACUUCCUGUCACAUGAAGUAGAAGCAUAUUUUUAAUAAUUAGGUGUUUCUAUAGCUGCAGUGAACAAAACGAGCUCCGGUGUGUGCCUCGAUCUGUGUACACUACAGUAGAUGUUGCCAGGUUGGUUGGGCAGUGUUCUAACUGGCUGUGUGCUGUUCCUUGUUCUGACAGUGUCACAGCUGUACGAACAUUGACCCUGGUUGAAUUCAGGCUGUCGAAGUUCAAACACCGUGUUCAUGUUCAUAGUGUUUCUUAUACACACCUCGUUGAAUGACUUAGGUAGGAUGCGCGCUUAUUAUGGCGUCACUCUCACACUCACUUCAGUGGAAUCCCAUAUUGGAAUCACUUGUUUGUAAUAAUAAUGUUUGUACAUAGUGCACUAGUGCACACACAAAUGCUUACACUCACUCAAGAUUGUGUUGAUGCUCACUUUGUUGUUUAUCUCCCCUUGUUGACUUUGUUUAUUUGUUGUUCUCUAUCUGGUGUGUGAUUUAAUUACCACUGGCACUUGUAUAUUUUGACCUGAUUGCGCAAGCUGCAAUGUGUACUCUCUCGAUAACGAGUUACAACUGCAAAUAAAUUGGUGGUUUGUGA